AUGCCGCGUCCGAAACGAAAGAAAGUAGUAUCGGCAGACGCGGUCAAGACGACGCGUGUGACGCGCAAUCAAUCCCUCCCCUCCGCCGAUCACCAAGGUGCUGUGGCAAAACCGGCCACAAAGAGAGGCGCAACGAAGCAGAAGACAUCUCCACGAACUGAAGAUGCCUUGGACAACUUGACAAUGGCUGGCGGUUUACCCACGAACUCGGCUUCAAGUGGGGGUGUGGGGAGCGGCCAUGAAGAAGGUCAUGCGCCAGGUCGUGGGCCACCAAAAGCAACCGGAAAUAGAGGACUCGGUGAACCAAAAAAGAGACGGGAGUCCUCUCGCAAGGUCUCGAAACCGAUUGAUCAACGACGCAAGCUCUCCACCACCGCCCGAGCAGCCCUCGAGACCAUGACGGAGCCGAGCGCUGUUGUAAACCCCAAGCGACCUGCAGAUAGCCCGCAGACAAUUGUACCCGCGCAGAAAAGUACACCCGAGCGUGAAAGGUUGUCCUCACCUGGAUUAUACAGCCUUAGUUCAGAAGGAGAGGCGGCGCAAGCGAAGCUGGAAGCAGAUCUGCGACGACGGAGCGGGCUUCAAGGGGCUCGCAUACCAGGGUCGACGCUUAAAGUCCAGAGCACUCCUGGCGUAGAGAAGUCAAUACAUGCGCUAACGAAUUUUCGCCGACGGCCACGGCAGCCUAGCUUCUUGCGGAUGGUACAGCAACACGGAGAUUCUGGCAUGUCUGAUAUUGAUGGACUGGAGCCGGACGAUGAGUCAACUCCCCUGCAGUUCGGUCGCAGACAGGGUAGAAGUUCGCUCGAAUCUGGGGAGAGCAUGCUAGGCUCGCUUAGGUCAGAGGAUUUGCGCUCGUCGGCAUCAAGAAAGCGGAAGAGACCUUCGGAUGAGGUUCAAGUACCUAGAUCAUCGCCUACGCCCCGUUCUUCCGCGAGCAAUCAGGAUCUACUGUCGAGCCCCCCUGUUUCCCAAGGAAGGAUGGACAGAGUACCAGAUACUCAAGAGCAGCAAGCCGACGCGCAGUCGUCCCUCUUAUCCGAACCAUUCAGCGAGACGAACGCUCCACCCCUCUGCUCGAGCUCAACGCAGACGCCAGUCAACUCACCUACCCGCCCUAAAAUCACCCCCGCAAACACUCGAAAGUCCACAAGACCUCAAAACCCAUCUUUCAGCACCGCUAAAUUGCAGAGUCUACUCCCUCAGCGUCGCCAACAUCUAGGUCGGAAGGCAAAAAAUACUGCGUUCGACAUCCGAAGUGAUUCCGAAGAGGGGAGUGGAAGGGAAGAAUCGCCAGACGAGUUGGCGCGGUCGAAGAGUCGUCCGAGGAAGAAGCAAGUCGGUAACCAGGCAGCUCAACCAAAGGCGACAUCAGGGCGCGUGAAUACGAAGUCCAAAUCUCGAUCUCGUGGACUCACUGAGUCUCCAGCGGUGAACAAAAAGUCAAAACCAGCUCGUGUAUCCGUAGCAGCAGAAAAACGAAUCUAUGGUCGCCGCCAGAGCCAAGCCGAUUCCGAGAAAGAGAACGAUAUCACAUACAUCUCUUCCAACGAUACCUCCUCGACAUCCGAAGCCGAAGACGUCUCCAUCCCUACGGGCCGUAGGACGGGCAAAUCUGCGGAGAAGCAAGCAAUAGAUAGAGACUUGUCAAAGAGCAAGUCGUUGCUGGCCGCGGCUGCGAAGUUUGCUGAGGUGGACCAAUGGGAUAUGGAGUUUGAGAGUAUGAGUCAGGAGACAGGUCGAGGAUCGAGUCCAUGGCGAUGA